UGAUUCAGAGAUAUUGAAAGAUAAAACUAAACUACGAUUCGGAAAGCACUGACAGUAACUUCAACAGGCUGUUGUUCAUGUGAUAAAUUGAUACCACACAGUUCACCAAAAAUGAGUGCGUGUUGUGUUUUGUAGUAGGCAACAUAAAGAAAGAGAUGUCUUUAACAAUACAGCAAAUUAUUCUGGAUGCCAAACGUCUAGCUAACCGAUUGAAGGAACAUGAUACAACAGCGGACGCUCUGCUGUCACAGGCACAGAACGUGUAUCAGAAAAUUGACACAAUGAAGCAGUACCAAGAGAAAGCGAAUGAGCUGAAUGAAUCAGCACGUCAGCGGCCACAUGCUGUGCUUGUGGCAGGCAUCCAACAGGAGAACAGGCAUUUACGUGAAUUACAGCAAGAAAACCGGGAACUAAGAGCUGCUCUGGAUGAACACCAAAAGGCACUGGAGCUUAUUAUGUCAAAAUACCGUCAACAUGUUACACGACUGGUAGCGUCGUCUAAAAUUGAUCUUGCUGCAUUGGGCACACACAAAUAUUCUAAGAUCCCAUCACAAACGGAAACCUUGCAAGAUGCAGAACAAGAAAAGGUAAUUUGUGAACAGUCUAAUAAGAUUUGUGAAAUGGCUGCUGUUAUGAGGAAAUCAGCUGAAAUUGAUGAGCAAAAAGCACUUGAGGAAAGAGAAUUGGUGACCAGGUUGGCUACUGAAAAUAAGGGAUUAAGAGAACUACUUGAAAUUUCCUGCAAAAAUGGUACCCUGCGAAAUAGCCUACUUGGCAUAGAAUCUGAAGAUAAAGAAAUGCAAACGGAAAUGAACUGUGAAACUUCUUGACAGAAGUAAACAUCUGGAGGAAAAAGCACAAUGAAAGACAAACCAAGUGAUUUGUUUCUCUUUUUAAUGUGGCAGCAUGAGUCAUUAUAUAUUACAUCACUGAACUAAUGUGCAAUGAUUCUUGCCUCUGAUAAAGGAAUUGGUAAUGACUGAAUCUCACAUAAUGUUGAUGUGACUGUUAAAAAUUUCUUUUGUACUACAUUUUAUACAUUAUACACUUUCCAUUGUGGUAUUCUGCUGGGAAUAAACUGUGUUUCUCUGACUGUACAGCUGAAUGUUAAUGGCCAAAAUGCAGUGCCACAAUAACCACAUCAGUGCAGCUACAAAGAGUGUCUUUAUUCAUUGUUUCAUGUGGCGUGGCAUUGGUCAUUUCUGCAAGUGUGAUUUCUGAAAGCUAUGUUUUCAAUUCAGCAUUUUGUCUGUUGGGUAAUGUGAAUUUCAAAGAAUAAAGUAACUAGUCAGUUGUAAGUUAGACAUUUUAAUCUCUUUUUAAGCUUAUUGUAUAUAUAAAAUUUUGAAUAAGUCACAAAGGUGUGAGAUUAUCUUUAGAAUAGUAUCACAGACUGUGACCCACAGUAAGCAUCAACAGCAUCAGAAUUAUCUAUUUUUUCUCUAUAUGGCUCUUUAAAUUUAUGACUUAUGGGAGUUCAUAUUUUUAUUUUGGACUGUAGACAGUAACUGUGAGUCAUGCGAUCGGUCAUAUCAUAAUUUUUUUCAAUAUACCAACAAGAUUAGUAUCUAAAUCUAAAAGAAAAAAAACUAUAAUAGAAUUUAAAAGAAAAACUCAAAGGGUUUGUGUCAGUCAGUCCACUGAGUUCUCUUUCCUUAAAGCUACCAAUCUUAUGACAAAAAUUUAUAAUCGUCAUUUGCUCAAACAAAUGUCCAUAUAAAAGGCAGUGCACAAAUUUCAUAACAUACUUCAUUUAGCCUUUCAUUUUCAUCUUAUGUGAUAGACUUUUCUUUGCAUGAAUUAAAGUAUUUUAGGCAAAUUUAUAUCAUACACCUUCAUACUUACUAGUGAUGACUAAAAGCUGUUUCCAGGAGACAUCCUGGUACUUUAACCUCACAUUUUGUUUGUAUAAUUGGAAGUUUUGUGCAGAGGUAAAAUAUUUGACUCGUGGCACAUGUUAGAAUCCAUUCCUUUCAACAUAUCUCACAUAUUUGAGAAUGAAACAGGCAGUUUUGGAUUUUAUAGCUACCAGUUACAUGCAUAAUGCACCAGAUAUUGUGUUUAUAGUAUUCUCUGGUGAUAGUUUGAGGGUGAUAUAGGUACUACAAGAGAAGGAAGUAUAGACCAUGAACUGUUAGUCUUGGAAAUACUUUUCAUGCUUCAUCCAAUGACAGUAAAUUCACUAGCUGUCCUCUACAGGUGGGGGAUGCAAAUACAGUUAUUAUUGUGGAGCACAUAAUGACAUAUUUGUGAAAUGGAUAUCUAGUUUUUCAGGGGAUGUCUUGUAGGACAGGAAACUGUCAUUAUGCUGUCGAAACAUAUGGAAGUUCAUAAAACAGACGCAAACAAACAAAAAUUGAGAAAUAGAUGAGGCAGAUGGAAAAAAAAUGCCAAAAAAUGUAAAGUUAUGUUACUGAAUUGUGACUUUGGUGUUAAGGUGGCAUAAGAGAUUAACAUUUUGUGUUCAACAUCUUUAGAGAAGUGACUUGAAAUCCAAGUUUAAUUAGCUAAGAGUUUGUGAUGAAAGGAAAAAAGUGAAUUUUUUAAAGUAGAAACUAUUAUUUGUAUCACGACAAAUUAUUACUUGGCAAGGCGAACUUGUUACCUGCCUGAGGUGGCAGCACUGUUACGUGCAUGCCCAAGUAGCAGGGAGAAGGGAGAGUACUAGCCUACACUCCAGUGGAACACUGCCACACUUUGUAUGUCUGUAUGCGCCACUGAGUGAAGUUCCCCUGAACAAGAACAAGAACAGUAUGACAGUUUCUCUCACAUUGGUUGCUAUGUAUGCUUCUCCUGCAGUAUCCAUGUAACUACUUCCCCUGGUGCCAUUACUGUUUUCCACAGCUAUGUCAGUGGAUUCAUAAUCUGCUAUUUCAGUUGUGGAUGAUAAUGCCAUCUCUUUGUUUGAAUUUGUGCAGACUGAUUUAAUAAAAGUUUUAUUUUUCUAGUCUGUCACAGUCUCUUUCCUCCAGUAGUCGUUACACAUUCCUGCGUGAUAUACAGUUUUUUUGGUCUUUUAAUGUCGUGACAGCAAAUGCUAAUAUAACAACAGUGAAAGCAAACAGGCCUCAUGGUCUACUAGUUAGUAUUUUUGGCCAAUAAUGCCAAGGUCCUGGGUUUAAUUCCUGGUGACCACCUCAAAUUUUUCUCUGGUGGAAAGGUCUGGAACAAGGUCCACUCAGUCGUGUGGGGCAAACUGAUAAGCUGCUUUGUAUAGAAAGGUCGGGAAAUUAAUGUGGAAGUCGCCAAAGUAACAUUACUUCGAAAGGCUUGCAAAUAGCUUCAGCUGCUGCUUUUUUUUUAGUUAUAGAAUGGGACACUUGUCAUUGUGACUACUGACCUAUCUCUUUGAAAGAUUCCAGACCAGAACUGGAAUCUAGGUGGUAAGGCAGCAGAGAACUAGUUUCUUGCAAAAUUUUGUCAUUAAGAUAAAGAGAAGGCUGGUGUCACUUAAUUAGUGCUGGAAGUUUGGUUUACCUUGGAGCUAUUUAUUUUUAAUUUUUGUGAAAUAAUAAACUGAUAGCCGAGAUCGCAGGAAUUCUUUUUAUUCCAUGAUUACCGGUUUCAGCGAAACUAUAGCUGCCAUCAUCGAAUCUUAGGACACAUACAGGUUACACCAUCAAGGCAAACAAUGGUGAUAUUAAUACUUGCCUAUUACACGCUUGUAGAGGAGAAGUGAACACAAAAUGGAACUUUGAAUUCACAACAAUGAAAUGUUUACUGGCACUACUGUUUGUCUUUACUCCUUGCAAACUGUCAUUUCGCACCAUUUAUUAUCAGUGUAGCAGGUAAGAAUCCACAAUUUGUCUAAAUAAACGACUGCCACUUUAAUUCUGAUACUUUAUUUCUUCAUAAAAAAAUCUAAUGUAAUAUAUUGUUUCCUCAAGUACAUUCUGUCAUCUUUACUUGUUCAUUCUGACACCUUAUAAAAAUGUUGAUGGAACAGUUUAACUUUCGCUUGCACAUUUUAUUGUCUUGUCAUUCUCAUUGUCAUUAAAGUUAGUUAUGGUAACAGCAAGUCAUCAGAGCUAACCCUUGAAGGUAUUUUCUGCGAUCGCUUUUUGUGUUCAUACUGAGAGAUAAUAAUGCACGCUACUUUGAAGUUGAAUACAACUGUACCUAGUGACGUGACUAAGUUAGUUCUCGCUAUGGCCAGGUAACCACUUCACCAUGCCGAGUAAUUUUGUUUGUUUGUUUGUUUGUUUGUUUGUUUGUUUGUGUGUGUGUGUGUGUGUGUGUGUGUGUGUGUGUGUGUGUGUGUGAGAGAGAGAGAGAGAGAGAGAGAGAGAGAGAGAGAGAGAUUAUGUUAACAGGUACAGUUGAAUUGGUGUCCUAAUGUUACUUAGCAUCCCCAAUUUUUGUAUUAGUAUAGCUUUUUCCCUUAUAAUAAUUGAAAACAGUGCCACAGUUAGGUAAUUGCACACGGUUUUUACAUCAGUAUCCACUUCUAUGCUGAUUAGUAAAAAGUUCCCAGCAGAUCCAGUAAGACUCUGUGAAACACUUUAAUGAAUUCCAUAUUUUGAAGUGUGAUGAUGAGAGCAGAUGUUUUCUGUUGAAGUUGCUUGCUGACUUACAAUAGAUCACUUUAGAAACUGUACAAUGCAACUGUGACUGAAAAAUCAUACUAGUAACAUAUUUAAAUGUCUCUCUAAUAAUUGUACUCAUUUGAAAUAUAUUUUCGUACAUUUUAAGACAAAUAUAUAGAAGUAAAUUUUGAAAUUGACUGUUAAGCUCCAAUGCAUUAAGUAUAGCGAUGUUGAUUCAGUUAACAGCCAUAUGUUACACCUUGUACAUAAUAUAUUGUAUAGUGUUAAAACUGCAGGUAAUAUAUUGUACUUGUAUGUAAAGUUGCAGAAAAGAUAUUUUGUGUUAUGCACAGAGGAAGGAUAAAGAAAUUUUCAGGACUUGUUUAGAAUCUUCCAUUCCCAUCCUUAUCCACAUUCAUUCAACUUGAUACAGAAGGUGAGUGAGACUGAAGCCAUAAAUCAAAUAAAAAGAGAAUGCUUUAAGUGCUGUUCAGUAUAUGAAAUUAAUUGUUGCUUACAUGCAACAGAGACUGGUCCUGAGACAAUGUUAAAGCAGCAAAGAGACGUUGUUACUUACAAAUUGAAAUUUCAGGUAGGUUCACGUUACGGGAAAGCCUGAACUGCAUAGAAGACAGUAUCUUAUUAUCUUAUUCAGAUAAUGUUGCUCAAAUUUACUAAUUCAAAAGCAGAGUUUUGUUCUGUUAAUCAUGAGUAAUACAUUCAUGACAAGAAGCAUGAGAUUCAAGUAUACGUGGACAUCAAUCACUGUUGGGAUUCAAGAGAAAAUAAUCAUGCCAUGUCACUGUUCGGCCAAUACAGUAUGUAUAGAUUAAUAGUCUGCUUACGUUCGUGAAGUGACAACAUCUCAAGAGUCGCUUGCAAAAGUCUGAUAGAGACCAGAAAUUUGUAACAAGGGAUUCUCUCUAUUAGAAAGAGAGGAAUGAAUGGGGGGGGGGGGGGGGGGGGGACUCGCUCUAUGUUCAUGCUAUAAGUCUCACAUUCUGGUAUUCCUCCUUCCAUACCUCCAUUUGCACAUCCCUGCGGUAUAAUAUGUUGUACCUCACAAAAGAAAAACUUGAGGUUUUUUAUAACAGAUGAUUAAAUGCUAUCACUGCCAAAGAGUUACUGAUAAGAAUGACUGGAGACUAAUGUAAAAUACUAAAUGGUAACAUGAAACUUAAAUUUCAUUCCUUCAACUUUAAUCUGGAGAGAGAAAAUCCCUGUUUCUGAAAACAUAAGCCUUAAGUUGUGUGUGACAAAAGAAUUAUUGUAGUGUUCCAUGCAAGUGGAUAGAUUUUAUUGGACUCCAUUCAGUUGGAGGUGAAUAGUACCAAUUUUGGUGUGUAGUCUCAAUUUAUGUUUGUGAACAGUAACUACCAAAGUAAGCACAAAAGAAUGUGAAUAAAAAUUAAUUAAAUGAAA